UGCAGAUGCAACCGCGAAAUGGAUCGGAUCCGGGAUCAUCGCGUAUCGCGCUCGAUUUGCCAAGCUGGCUCGUGAAAUUAAUCGGACUCCUAUUGCCGCCUAUGAUCGCCGAUCUGCGUCACGCGAUCGUAUGGUGAAGGAUGUUUCCCAAGCCUGAUCUCUCCUCCCUGAUCCUAGGUCUGAUCGUCGUCCUCGAGUGUACUAGAUUUAAUCUCGCGUGGGGCCAAUUGAUCAGGCCAGUUUACGUGUACGAAGGUCUGAUCAAAGAUAUCCACGACUACUUCAAUAACACGUGCAUCAUACUUCUGCACACGAAUCCGAAUCCCAUUGAGACACAGGGACUCGUGGAAAGCGAAGGCUUGCUGAUUCUUCAGAAAUAUUUGAGCAUGACUCAUCAUAUACGAACAACUUUCAUGGAUUUUCAUAUGUUCAGCACACGGAUUGGACAAAGUUAUUAUCACAUCAAGAGGCCUUUGUUCGUGAUAUUAAACGACUAUGAAGAUACAAGACAUGAUUUUGCAUAUCAGAUUUCAACGUGGAUUGCAAUGGCAUAUCCUACCUGGCUGAUAUUCUUCCGUAAUGAGACCAAGUUCGCGGACUUUUUCUUUGAAAUUUACGUACCUUUCGAUUGCAAGUUUAUGGUGGCUCAGAGUAGUGUCAACGUAACCGGCAAAGAAAUCAUCACUGAAGUUUAUCAAGUUGACAGAGGAAAAGAAUUAAGAUCAAUGCAGUUUGGUGUGUGGGAUAUAAGGAAGGGUUUGAAGGGUCCCACACGUGGUUUAUUUUUCAGAAGAAACAAUCUUUUCGGCCAAAAUAUACGCGUUACAUCAGUCCACGAUCCUCCUAUCAGUCUGUUUCACCAUAAUGAACAGAAUGAAAUAACAAGAAUAAGUGGUUUUUUCGGGGAAGUUAUACUACUGUUGCAAGAAGCAUUGAAUUGCACAUUCACAUACAAGGAAGCCGAAUCAUGGGGUAUGUGUUUACCAGAUGGCUCAUGUACGGGGGCGAUCGGGAUGUUAAUGAAUAACGAUGUUGACUUCGCGGCGACGGAGUUCAUGAUGACCUCGGACAGAUUAGAUUCUAUCAGCUUUACAACGCCCAUUUACACAACCAAAUGUCGCACAUACAUUAAAAGACCUGCGUCGGCCGAUGUAAAAUGGAAUGCUUAUACGGCACCGUUUUCCGCGAAUAUCUGGGGCACCAUCGCUCUUUUUAUCAUAAUUACGAGCGGACUGAUUGUGAUUAUUCAAAGAAUAUCUGCAUUCACAUCCCUAUCUUUUCAAAAUAACAAUCAUCUGCCGUCUAGAUUUACAGAGGUUUUGUUUUAUGUCGUAGGAGCGUUUUGUAGUCAAGGUAUGGAACAAUCGACGCUAGAUCCUGUAAAAAUAGUGCAUCUCAUGAUCCACUUGUCGGCCGUUGUGAUCCUAGCCGCGUAUUCCGCUGCUCUAAUUAGCUUCCUUGCUGUCAAAACAUUUAUCAUGCCCUUUACAACCAUGGACGGCCUUCUGAAAGAUGGGACCUAUCGUUUCAGUGCGGUUGGUGAUUCAGCUGACUAUAGUUUCUUUCAGAAUACGUCGGAUAAGAUAAUGAGCGUGCUGUUCGAUCAAUUAUUAGUAAAAGAGACCAAUUUGCCGCGUAAUUACUUGGACGGUUUGGAACGCGUUUGCAAGGAGAAUAAAUACGCCUUUAUGACUCUGGACAAUAUGGCAGCAUUGCUGCAGCAGAAAGUCGACUGCAAAUUGGAGCCGUUGGAUACCAUCACGCAGAUUACCGUAGCAAUGGGUUUGCAACUAAAUAGCCCAUAUCGUGGUAUCAUUAAUACAAAUAUUCUUCUGCUGAGAGAUAGCGGGAUUCUGGAGCGCUUGUUGGAGACGCAAUGGUCCAUCAAGUUAAGCGAAGCAACAUCGUCAUGGAAAUCGGUCGAAAUCGGCGAUAUAGUACCAUUACUACUUCUCAUAACUGUCGCGUUGCUUAUUAGUUGCCUUGUUUGCGUUAUGGAGUACAUUAUUGUGAAGAAUUUCUCCACUCGAAAGAAAUUAAAAAUAAAUAAAUUACAGAAAAUUGUAAAUAGGAUAUAAAUAGGAUGUUACGUCGCCACAGUUUUGCUUAAUAAAACUUAACGCAUUUAGUUA